AUGAAUCGACGAGGACAUGAACGGGGGCGUGGGCAUGGGAUUCGGCAAUCCUGCACUCCCGAGACAGGUGAGGAAUCUGAGACUGGACCAAACCAAAACCCUAGAAACGAAGAGGGUGACCAAGUGGUUACAGUCAUUAACCGCAUGACUGAUAUUCUCGAGCGCUUAGCUGAGCGCCAGGGACUUGAACCAGUCGACCAACCUAGGAAUCAAGAGAGAUGCGAGGAUAAAGCCCUCGAGCGAUUCUUGAAGUUCGCUCCCCCUAAGUUCCAUGGAGGGUCUAAUCCCGAAAUAGCGGAAACUUGGUUCGAAAGGAUGGUUGAUAUUUUUGCUGCUUUGGAUUAUACCGAUGAAAGGCAAGUGAAUUUUGCCGUUUUUCAAUUUGAAAGAGCGGCACGCUCGUGGUGGAAUAUUGUUAGUACAAAGUGGGAAAGAGAACAAAUCCCUUGGACUUGGAUAAACUUUGAGAGGGAGUUUAAUGUCAAGUUUCUCCCUCCAAUUAUACAAGAAAAGAGGGAGGACGACUUUAUUAAGUUAAAACUAGGAUUAUUAAGUGUGGCCGAGUAUGAGGAACAGUUCACCAAACUUUUCAAAUUUGCCCCUGAGCUUGUACUCACCGAGCGAAAAAGGAUAAAGAAGUUUAUUCAGGGGUUAAAUGUAGAAAUUCAAGAAUCCCUAGCAGCUGCCCAGAUAACCACUUUUACGGAUGUCUUGGAUAAGGCACAGAGGGUAGAGAAUGCUAAGUCUCAAUCUAGGACUUUUCAUGCUAGGAAGAGGGGUAACCCAAAUGAUAUCCCUAAACCGUCCGAGAAGUCUACUCAACCCCUUAAUAUGGAAAAAGGAAUUGGAGGAGUGAAGGUGCUUGAAAAAUCCGGAGAAACUCCGUCAAGUAAAGCCCCGCCAAAAGGAAAUUAG